UACAUCCAUUAAUUACAGUAAAAAAAUAAAUAAUUAUAUUUCUUAUUUGCGAUGGUCAGAGGCUAAAGAUAUUCUCCAAAGGCUUUCCUUUUUUUUUUACUUGACUAGUUCUCUCUCUCUUAAAACUCGUAUCAUCUCUCUCCCUCUCUCUCUAUCCCUCUCCUUCGUCCUUUAAAGUCUCUGUUUUGAUUCUGCUUUGGCUUUGUUUCAAGUGCUAAUCUCUUUCACUCUCUGGAGAAAAUCAGAGCAAAAAGAGAUGUCUCAGACCAACUGGGAAGCUGAUAAAAUGCUGGAUGUCUACAUCCAUGAUUAUCUGGUCAAAAGAGAUUUGAAAGCUACAGCUCAGGCUUUCCAAGCUGAAGGAAAAAUUUCAUUGGAUCCAGUCGCUAUUGACGCACCUGGUGGAUUUCUGUUUGAGUGGUGGUCUGUCUUCUGGGAUAUAUUCAUUGCUAGGACUAAUGAGAAGCAUUCCGAGGUUGCUGCAUCUUACAUUGAGACACAGAUGAUGAAAGCGCGAGACCAGCAAAUGCAACAAGGUCAACACCCACAGGUCUCACAGCAGCAGCAACAACAACAACAACAGCAAAUACAAAUGCAACAACUCUUGAUGCAACGUGCACAGCAACAACAGCAACAGCAGCAGCAACAACAACAACAGCAACAUCAUCAACAACAGCAGCAGCAACACCAACAACAACAACAACAUCAAAACCAACCACCUUCUCAACAGCAGCAACAACAGCAGCAGGCAGCGCCUCAACACCAGCAACAGCCAACACCACAGCAGCAGCAGCAGCAGCAGCAGCAGCAACAGCAGCCACAGAGGAGAGAUGGAUCCCACCUUGCAAAUGGAUCAGCAAAUGGACUCGUUGGUAAUAACAGCGACCCAGUUAUGAGGCAAAAUCCUGGGCCUGGGAGUGCCUUAGCAAAUAAUAAGGCAUACGAGGAGAGGAUCAAAAUGCCUACUCAGAGGGAUUCCUUAGAUGAGGCUGCUAUGAAGAGAUUCGGGGACAAUGGUGGGCAAAUGUUGGAUCCAAACCAUGCAUCGAUGUUGAAAUCCGCUGGAGCUUCCGGACAGCCUGCAGGGCAAGUGUUACAUGGUGCAAGCAGUGGUAUGUCUCCACAGGUUCAAGCUCGAAAUCAGCAACUUUCUGGGUCUGCGGUGGAUAUGAAAAGUGACAUCAACACUGUGCUCACUCCCAGAACUGCUGUUCCAGAAGGGUCGUUGAUUGGCAUUCCUGGUUCAAAUCAAGGCAACAACCUUACACUUAAAGGGUGGCCACUCACAGGAUUUGAUCAGCUUCGUUCUGGUCUUCUCCAGCCGCAAAAGCCAUUUAUGCAGUCUCCGCAGCAGUCUUUUCACGGACUCAACAUGUUGACUCCUCAACAUCAGCAACAGCUCAUGAUGGCUCAACAGAAUCUAAAUUCACAAACCGUCAAUGACGAGAACAGAAGACUGAAAAUGCUAUUGAACAACCGGAACAUGAGCCUCGGAAAGGAUGGCCUUGGGGGUGGUUCUGUGGGGGAUGUGCUACCUAAUGUUGGAUCUUCUUUGCAACCUGGUGGCUCUCUUUUGCCUCGUGGAGACACCGACAUGCUACUAAAGUUAAAGAUGGCUCUUUUACAGCAGCAGCAGCAUCAACAGCAGGGUGGUGGGAAUCUAGCACAGCCACAGGCACUUAAUCAGCACUCCCUUUCUAAUCAGCAAACACAGAGUGCAAACCACAACAUUCAGCAACAAGAUAAACUGGGAGGGGGUGGUAGUAUUUCGAUGGAUGGUGGUGGCAUGUCAAAUUCUUUUAGAGGAAAUGAACAGGUAUUGAAGAAUCAAACUGGGAGGAAAAGAAAGCAACCGGUUUCGUCUUCUGGUCCAGCUAAUAGUACAGGAACAGCCAACACUACAGGGCCAUCACCGAGCUCAGCACCUUCUACACCUUCAACUCAUACUCCUGGAGAUGCGGUUUCUAUGCCUAAUCUGCCUCAUGGUGGUGGUGGUUCCUCCAAACCAGUAAUUAUGUUUGGCACUGAGGGGACUACUGGGACUCUUACAUCUCCAUCAAAUCAGCUGGCUGAUAUGGAUCGGUUUGUGGAAGAUGGGUCACUUGACGACAACGUUGAGUCUUUUUUAUCACAUGAGGAUGGUGAUCAACGAGACACUGUUGGACGGUGUAUGGAUGUUAGUAAAGGCUUCACGUUUGCGGAAGUGAAUUCAGUACGUGCGAGCACAAGCAAAGUCACCUGUUGCCACUUCUCAUUGGAUGGAAAAAUGCUUGCUAGUGCCGGACAUGACAAAAAGGCUGUAAUAUGGCAUACAGACACUAUGAAGCCGAAGACCACACUUGAGGAGCACACGGCUAUGAUAACAGAUGUUCGUUUUAGUCCCAACCUGCCUCGGCUUGCUACUUCUUCAUUUGACAAAACUGUCAGGGUUUGGGAUGCUGAUAAUAAAGGCUACUCCCUUCGUAAUUUCAUCGGACAUUCUUCUAUGAUUACGUCAGUUGACUUCCAUCCCAACAAGGAUGAUCUCAUAUGUUCAUGUGACGAUGACGGGGAGAUAAGGUACUGGAGCAUCAACAAUGGAACUUGCUCAAGAGUGUACAAGGGUGGUAGCACUCAGACGAGGUUCCAACCACGUGUUGGAAAGUAUCUGGCUGCUUCGUCGGCAAACGUUGUAUCUGUACUAGAUGUUGAAACACAAGCUUGUCGACACUCUUUGCAGGGCCAUACUAAUCAGAUAAACUCGGUCUGUUGGGAUGCUUCUGGUGACUUCUUGGCAACGGUUAGUGAAGAUAUGGUGAAAGUUUGGACGUUCGGGACAGGUAAUGAAGGAGAAUGUGUUCAUGAGCUAAGCUGCAAUGGAAACAAGUUCCAGUCUUGUGUUUUCCAUCCGACUUACCCUUCUCUACUCGUAGUUGGUUGUUACCAGUCUUUAGAACUGUGGAACAUGUCACAGAACAAGACGAUGACAUUGCCUGCUCACGAUGGGCUGAUUGCGUCUCUGGCGGUUUCAACUGCAACGGGACUGGUUGCAUCAGCUAGUCACGACAAGCUAGUGAAGCUGUGGAAGUGAGGGGAAAGGACAUGUUCGUUUAUGUUCUAGGUGUUAUUUGUUCUUUUUUUUUUUAGUUUUUUCUCAGACAAUUUCAUUUUCCAUCUCAAUAUAGUCUUUCUCCAGAUAUGGUUAAACAAUGUUGCUGUUGUAUGAUCUUGACCUAAUUGGAAACUGUUGUAAUCUUAGUUUCUUAAUAAUGACAGUGAAAGUUUUAUGCCA